AUGGAACAAGAAUCUAACAGUUCAAUCACCGAGAACUCUACCUCAUCUCAAGCAGGCAAUGACCAUCUAACCUCCUCUUUGUUGGAACCUACCGCAAUUGCUAAAGAUGAGAACGAGGAAAAACAACACAAUCUAUUACAACUAGUAUCCGAGUUUCAAUAUGAAAAGCUUUUAAAUUCAAACACACAAACCAAAACAAUUAUUCUUUUGGGCUCUAUAGGCUCGAAACAAGCGAUUGUUAUUAUUGAAAAAUCACACUUUAUAGCUGAAAACUUGACAAAUGGAUUAGACAAGGUGGUUGAAGAUGCGGAAAUCAUUAAUAGUAAUGACAUCUAUACAUGGGCCAAAACCAUCUUAUAUCAGAAUCUCAAGGACCAACCAGCGGCCAAGUUGAAUUUGAUCUAUCCUGCAACCGAAACCCAUAUUCGUAAGUAUGCAGGUCAAAAAGUUCAUUAUAUCAGAGAAAGUCCCGAAAUGUAUAGGGAUUAUGUUGUUCCAUACAUAGAGACAAUGAAAGGCGAUAAGUUACAAUGGGUAUAUAACAUUUUGUACCAUGGCAAAGAAGCCGAGACCGUAAUCUAUCAUGACAAAAGCCCACAAGGAUUUGUACUUUUGCCCGAUAUGAAAUGGGACGGAAUAAAUAUGGAGAACUUGUAUCUUUGUUGUAUUGUGAAUAGACAAGACAUUGCUUCAAUAAGAGACUUACGAGGAGAAGAUCACUUGACUUGGCUAGCAGGAAUCCGAAACAAGAUCAUUGAUGUAUGUAAGCAAAAGUAUGAGUUGUCAGUAGAUGGAUUGAGAAUAUUUGUGCACUAUCAGCCUAGUUAUUACCACUUCCAUAUCCAUGUGGUCACUGUGAAGCACCCAGGUUUAGGUGAUGGGGCUAAUAUUGGCAAGGCGAUCUUGCUUGAUGAUAUCAUCGACAACUUGACAUUGGAUCCAGGAUAUUACAAGAAAAAGACCAUUGGAUACGUUCUUGGUGAGAACCAUGGAUUGUGGCAAGUAGAAGGUUAUAGGGAAGCACAUCACCAAAACCAAUAA